GAGUCAACCAUCAUGACUUACCAGUGUGUACUCUGCUUUUCGCGCUCGCUUGUCAACAUCCUGCUAAUUCUAUACUGUAGAUGACGAAAAAGAGAAAGAUGGCCCUUGUGGCUCAGGCUUUCCUCUGGACUGGGUCCCAGAUACCUGUCUACCUAUUCGGAGGAAUAACACCAUACAUAUACGGAGACCUUGGCGGAACCGACAGAUGGGUGUGGCUCGUUCUCGGGAACCUGUUGGCCUUGGCAGGUGUCUGUCCCUUCGUGGGGUCGAUGUCAGACCUGAUGGGACGAAGAUACGUUGCUUUAAUGGGGGCAUCAUUCAUUGUCUUGGGCAUGAUCAUCUGCUCCACAGCACAAACCAUGAACAUCUUCAUAGCGGGCAUGGUAUUCGCUGGCGUGGGAGCCGGUAUCAACGAACUCACAGCACUAGCUGCAACUUCUGAGCUGGCGCCGACUUCCAAGCGAGGUCUUUAUGUCGGAGCGCUGAUCUUCACCAUUGUUCCGUUCUGCCCUUCGGUCCUAUGGGGCCAACUGAUCGCGUAUUAUUCCACGUGGCGAUACGUCGGGCUGUUCUGCGCUUUGUGGGCCCUUGUCGGCCUCGUCUUGACAGCGGUAUUCUACUUCCCGCCACCACGCGUCAACUCCGAGGGUCUCAGCAGGCGUGAAAUGCUGAAACGUGUCGACUAUGUUGGCGGCUUUACCAGCAUCUCCGGCAUGGUCUUAUUCAUGUGUGGAAUGCAAUGGGGAGGCUAUCAGUACAAAUGGACUUCCGCGCACGUGCUUGCGCCACUGAUCAUUGGGGCCGCCUUACUUGUCGCCUUUGUCAUCUGGGAGGCCAAAUUCGCACCUUAUCCCAUGUUCCCACGGCGUCUGAACCAAGCCCCUUCGAUUCUGAUAUGGACGCUGGUUAUCACUUUCAUAUCAGGUGCCAACUUUUUCUCGAUCCUGAUGUUUUGGCCGGUACAGGCCUUCAAUGUUUACGGACAUGAUCCCGUACAAGUCGGCAUCCGUGGUAUCCCAGUGGGAUUCGGAAUCAUGACUGGCGCAGUCGUGGUCCUGGUUCUGCUCUCAGUAUUCCGUGGCCAGAACAAGAGUCUUAUGGUCAUAUCAUCCAUCCUCAUGACCGCCGGCUGCGGCGCAAUCUCCGUCGCCGAAGUCGACAACCUCCACGUGCUGUGGGGUAUUCUUGUGCUGGCCGGGCUUGGCAUCGGCGGCAUCGUAGUGCCAGCGUCCAUAAUCACGACCAUCAUCUGCCCAGACGACCUCAUCGCCACGGUAGCUGCCCUGACGCUCAGCAUUAGAGUCAUUGGGGGCUCGAUCGGGUACUGCGUCUACUUCAACGUGUGGGUGAACAAGUUCACGCCGGCGGCGACCAAGUACAUCGGCGGGACCCUCGUGCAGGCGGGCAUCACGUCCGUGGAGACAAUCACCGAGGUCAUUGAGCUCACGAGCGCCAGCAUGCUCGACGCCAUCGCCGAGGUCCCCGGUAUCGCCGGCAACGAGGCGCUGUAUCAAGCGGUGGUCAAGGCCGGCCAGCUGGCGUAUGCCGAGUCGUACAAGUAUGUUUACUACACGAGUAUCGCAUUCGGCGGCGUAUCGAUCAUCGCGGCGCUGUUAAUGGGUGACAUAAGCAAGUUCAUGGAUGACCAUGUUGCUGUGGUCAUGUAGUUGGGUGUCGUGGGACCGGAAUAUAGUGUGGGUCCAUUAUACCAAACUUGCAGUACGGAUCUGUACCUGUGGAAUAUCAUCAGCAGCAUUGUCAAAGACAGCUUUUUAUGAGACGAUCACUUUACCUCUGUACCUAAGCCUAGAAAUCUUAGAGCUUACCUGGUACUUUGUAAAGAAUCUUUCCUCCGGCCUAGCAGAGUAUACUUUCGAUUAUGGUUGUGAGCUGAAGAACGCCCAUCGCUGCAAAGGAUAAAUUCCUUUAGCUUAUAUAAAAAGAGUAAUCUAGAACAUCUUUCUUUAUAAUAAAUUUUAUAAACGCCA